AGAACACUCAAGUCAUCAAGCUUCCACCUUCUCUUUUCACUUCUCGCCUCUGAUAACAUAUAUAUCACAUGCGUCACAUGCAUCAUAUGGAUCUUUGAUCUCAGUUAUCUCUAAUCCUAUCCGGACUUGACACUCCGGAAGAGGGUAUCUACCAUGUCUUCCGGCGAGGAAACUCAAGGUGAUAAAUCCGCUGUUGGAGAGGGAGCAGCAAAGCCAUUUUCGCUGGCUUUUGGUGGUGGCCCAAAUAAGUCGGGAGCAGCGUCGAAAAAGACAUCAUUCAAUUUCCAAAGCUCUCGAGCCACCGGCCCCAAGACGAAAGCUAUCCCCCACCGCCCUCAGCGACUCCACGAAGAUGACUCCGACGAGGACGAACACGCCCCCGUACACGAGGAAGUGACUGGCUUUGAUACGACCGCGGGAGGCGCGAUUACUGCAGAUGAUUCCCGUAACAAGAAACAAGAGUUGGUGAUCAAAGUUGAAAGCAAAAACAAUUGGCGGGAUCGACCUGGAGUUAACGUUCGGCGACCGAAGGGUAAAAACCUACUGCCAAAAGAGGUGCAAGCACAGAGACAGGCAGAGAAGGAUGGGGUUGUGGCUGGAAAUGUGGAAACCGAAGGUCCUAAUAUGUCAUACGGCCUGACGUAUGCGAAACCAGCAACAAUUACAACGGAGGAUGUGAAGAAUGGCGACGUAUCCAUGGUGGAUGCGGAUGCGCUUGCUCCAGGCGAAGAGAAGAAGCCUCUCACCCAGGAUGAGAUCGCUCUUCAGGCGCUUAUUCGCGAGAGUCAGGGCGACUCGGAACGGACGAGAUCGAAUCUGGUUAUUGAAUCUGGAAAGCGUCCUUCUAAGGAGGAGGAGGAAGAAUAUGAAACGCGCUAUGAUGAGACGAGUUCUUUCCGUGCAGAUGUGGCUUCUCGUCCAGAUCCUGCUAGCCUGGACGCCUACAAUGCUAUUCCAGUUGAAGAGUUUGGCGCCGCUCUAUUGCGAGGUAUGGGUUGGAAGGAAGGUCAGCCAAUCGGUAGAGGCAAUUAUGGGACAGCUGUGUCUGCUACUGCAAAGGCGCCACGGGUACCGGAGCGUAGACCUGGCUUUCUUGGAAUUGGAGCAAAGGAUAUAUCUGGAGGAAAGGGCGCAGAAGCUGAAAUAGGAGCGUGGGGGAAAGCGGCUAUGCGCAAAGGAUCUAGAAAGAAGGAGGGUCAAGAUGGCGCGGAAAAUACAGACGGUAUCUAUAUGCCUGUUCUUAUGCGGAACCCGAAGACGGGAGAGUCUAUCACUGAGGAGGAAUUCAAAGCUCGACAAAAGGCGGCGAAAAAUGUGGAGGAGGAUUGGAGAGAUAGACGGGAUCGCAAUCUCGAGAAAAGUGGACGAGAUCGGGAACGUUCAAGGCGCGAUUAUGAUGACGACAGCGACCCUUAUGAGAGACGAAGAAAUGGCUCUGGGAGGGACAGGAGCCGUUCAUCUGACGACCGUGAUCGAAGGCGCAAACGCGGCACUGAUGAAGACAGGGAGAGAGAUGAUCGCCGCUAUUAUCGCGAUCGCGAUCGCGACCGCGACCGUGAACGGGAUAGAGACCGAGACCGAGACAGACAUAGGGAUAAGGAUCAGGAUAGAAGUCACAGAGAUGGUGAAUACCGCAGUUCUCGACACUCAUCGUCCACUUCCUCCCGACAUGACCGCGAUCGCAGGGAUAGAGAUCGGGACCGUGAUAGCGAUCGCGACAGAGACUCGCAUCGCAGAAGAAGGGAUGACUACCGAUAGAAGCAGCCUUGAUGUACAGCACAUUUUUAUGAAGAGGGACAUAGCAUAUUAUAGAGCACGUUGGAUAGGGAGGAACUGGAAGUCCGCCAUUCUAAGAGCAGUACACUUCAGCAGGGAAGGAUACUAAGAAAUGAUACCCAGAGCGUGUUCCUGUUCCUUGUGCCACCAUACGUGUCAGCAUAUGCUGCAAAGAUGCAUGAAUCAAACCACUUGUAUACAGAUAACGGAUAUGUUAUGGUCGUAUCUGCGUAAACGAUGACGAUCUGAAUGAUAUAGAGUAAUGUUGAU